CUACCGCUGAGUCUUAAGGCAUGGUCUCAUGCGAUGAAAAGGUCCGAUUUCUGAUCUAAUGAUAAAAAUAGGCCUAAAAUGAUCCUACAAAUGACGCGAAUACACGCGAGGCAAUAUAGAGAUAUCAUGGUGUCGAUAAUGAUCAAGGGCGCUCGCUAAUCUAAAUGGAGUAGGGCGGUGGCUGAUAGCGGCGCCUUAUUGAUAAUUUUGGUUGACAACAAUCAUCAUACUAGGAGACCUUUAAGUUACAACGGGGUGGGUCAUGACUAAUGCGCCGCUGACCAUCUCCCGGAACUGCUUGGACUUAAUCGUUAUUCUCUUCCCGCAAAUAUAUUGGCUUUCAUUGUUGACGGGGUAUUGCUUGCCUAGCCAGUACUUUGCACCGGAAUGUCUGCACCAAAGACACGGGGACCCUAUCGUGUCGGGGUUCCAUCAAAGCGGGGAUGUUGGACUUGUCGCGAUAGAAAGCUUAGCUGUGAUAUGGGGCGCCCGGGGUGCCGGAACUGCAGAGUGUCAAUGCGCAACUGCCAGGGGUAUGGCCUACGCUUGAGCUGGCCACCACACGGUUCCCGUAGAUUCAUUCAACACUCCGUUCAAGAUAGUACGAAUCUUGUGUCGGGUGGAGCUAAAAACAUACAUUUUAUCAAUACAUUGAUGGUGGAUGUCGGACUACUCUAUACGCCAAAUCUUGGAGGUGUAGGGAAACUACCAAUCCACAAUACCUGUAUCUUUCCACUAUCGAACCUAGCAAAUGCUGCGCGGCCAGCUGCUGGCGAUGGGCACCACCUAGUGACAUUUUUUAUGACGACCGUAAUCAGUUCAAUAACUCCCAUUCGAACUGAUGGCCUCAGGCUCUGGAAAAUAUUGUUCCAGCUCUCGUUCUCCGACGAUUCACCUGCCUCAAUGGCCGUCCUACGAGCAAUGUUGUCUCUGUCGUCCUUGUAUCGCUACGGUCAUGGCGAGGAGGCUCUCCGAUUAAAGGUGGCAGCUCUGAACUCUUUGAGAGCAUCCAUGAAUGUAAACUCCACCAAGCCAAGAGAAAUUUACCAGCAUGUCGCCGUGGGCAUGUUACUAUGUGCCUUUGAGAUAUACCUGCCAUCUGAAAGCUCCUUCCAAUGGCCCCUCUACGUUUCCGGAGCCAAAAGCAUGCUCCAUGCAAUUUGCGAUGGUGGACACCCCAAGCUAAUGGAGGUGGACCUUCUUAUCCUUUGGGUGCAUUAUCAUGAUAUUCUGGGAAAGUUCACGUCGAGACAUUGGAGGAAUAAAUCUGCGGAAAAUGCUUCAAUCUUCAAGGUGCCAGGUAUGGCUUCUAGUUUAGCUUCUGUAGCGGAUGAGCAGGUUAUGGGCAUCUUUGGGUGCUCGCUGGAGAUGAUAAACCUGAUCGCUCGAAUGUCGAAUUGCCGGUCCAACAGUAAACUACCCGGAGACCUUCAUUCCACCGAGCGAGAAUCCCUGGAUUCCAUUGAACACGACUUGAUGGAAAUUAAGCAAGACAUCUCACACCUCACUGGAACUAAUUCCCCGGAGGAAGUCGACCACGAGAGCAAGAUAUCCCAGCUUUACCGACUGGCAAGUCUGAUCUAUUUCGAGCGUGUUCUGAGGGAAACCCCUAUCAGUACGCGAGUGGCAAGAUGGUCCGCCGAUGCUUUUGAUAUCAUUCGGCGGCUGGACAUAUGCGAGCGACCAUUUCCUCUGUUUUUCAUAGCCUGUGAAGCACAUACAGAUGUACAACGGGAGAUGGUUCUUUCUCUCUUGGAAAGGACACAGAGUCGAUCUUGCCAGCGUAGGUUGCAUGCUGUAAAACGGAUGAUAGAAUUGAUGUGGGUGCAGCAUGACUUGUUUUCAGACCUAGGGGGGAUGAACUAUGUUGAUGUUUUGAAUACUGUCAUGUCUUCAAACGAGCUUCUGCCUACGCUAGCUUAGUCCUUCAACAGGAAGAAGAAACAGAGAAUGUCCCAGUAAAAA